AAAAAAAAGAGUAGUGGAGAAAGUUGGGUUUCGAGGGAAUUUCUGGAAGGCUGGGAGAGAGAGAAAACUGGGUGGGAAGGAAAGUAUCCAAAUGAUGCGUCUGAAUUCAUUCGUGGAUUAAUUACAGUUCCAGUGAUUGUAGAUUGGAAUCUGUUGUUCAGAGCUUCAUGGCUUUGAUCGCACCGGAUCCCAGCUGCACGCAGACCGGACUAAAGAGCAGCUCUGGCAGAAAGGAGUGCGCAGAGAAUACAGCUACAGCUUUAAAAAACACCAGCAUGCAACCACAAGACGCAGAGUUUAACACCGACGGUUUACCCAAAGCGUUCCUGCACAGCCUGCGGACUCUGUUCGAUAUUUUAGACGACGGAAAGCGAGGCUAUGUGCACAUAUCAGAGAUCGAAAGUCGGUGGCAAGGCGCGGACACGCAGGAUCUCCCCGGCGGGGUGCUGGAGAGUCUGAGGCGGGUCACUCCGCCGCACGGCUGCCUCACGUUCCAGCGCUUUGUGGCGGGACUUCGAUACUCGAUCCUCAAUCCUGACAAAGCACAUCCUUCAGCACACACUAAACAGCACUUCCAUCCCAACGGCUUCAGAGUGCGACCUCUCGGACCGAGCAACGGGACUAAUGUGCACCACAGCCGCGCGAGCGCGCUACAAAACCGCACGCGACAGCAGUAUGACGGCAGGAGCUGUGUGUACACCAGUUCGAGCAAACACUGCGCGAGCGAUUCCUCAGCGAACCCGAAUCCCAGUGCUCAGCCAUACGCAAGGAGCGGCAGGAGCCUGGAGCGCGUUCACGUGGCGCCCGAGCGCGCGCCUAACCGGGCCGAUUCGGUUCGCGUGGGGAAAAAGGUGCAGCAGCCAACGCGCGUGCAGUCAGUGGAAUCAAUCCCGGCUGAGUCUUUUCACAAGACAAGUCAGCAGCAGGGUGAACGCGUUGGUCUUCCUCGGUCACAGAGUGAGACGACUACAGGGUUCACGGCGACCAGGCGGCACAGCAGGAGCCGAGAAGAGCCGAGGCGACACACCAUCACUAACGGGGUCGACUAUGGAAUGCUAAAGCAGAUGAAGGAGCUGGAGCAGGAGAAGGACUCACUGCUGUCUGGACUGGAUGUGGUGGAGAGAGCGAGAGAGUGGUACCAGAAUCAAAUCCACAACGUGAAUGAGAGACAGAGGCUCAUCGGACAGAGUGGCCACCUCACUGAUUUUCUGACAGAAUCCAAUCAAUGUCGCCUGAAUGUCCUCCUGCCCAAACUACAGGAAGUGAACCGCUGCCUUAACGAGCUCAUCUCCUGCUCUGGAAUGUCAUUCCCCUCUCCGAGCGCACAGUCUUCUGUCCUCUCCCCCAGUGUCCCACCUGUUCCUGCUCCUCCACAGGCCAUCCAGCGACUGAAGGACCAGAACCACCUUCUCACACAGGAGGUGACGGAGAAGAGUGAACGCAUUACCCAGCUGGAGCAGGAGAAGUCGGCACUGAUUAAGCAGCUAUUUGAAGCCCGAGCUCGUAGCGCUCAUGACAACAGUGUCCUUGACUCAACCUUCAUAUGAACAGAGAGAUCAGACCACAACCACAUCCACAACCAAAUCCCACUUUUAUUUAGACAAAGGACUGCAAACACUCCCUCAGUACACCAGGGUGGGAUUUGACUGUGAGUGCUGCUUUCAUGGAAUACUGAUGAGAUUUCAUUUGACUGCAUGCAAACCUGCAAAGGUUAAAUGUCACAUAUUUCUUCACAAGCAAGAGCGACUCUAUGUUUAUGUAUGACUUAAACCACUUUUGUGUGAAUGUUGCCACAUUUGUGCACUGACAGAUCAGUGGCUUUCAGCCUGAGUUUGAACUGUAUUUUAACCUUCAAGUUUUGUUUAAUGUUUUUUUUUCUUCCUUUUUUUAUGAAUGGACCUGAAUUCUGUGGCUCAGCCUCUGAUCUUUACACACCUGAACCCACCAUAUAACCAGUCAAACAAAGAAACAUUUAGUAUUCUCACAUUAUGAACUUUUGUCUUACUGGGCCUCAUUUAUCAAACUGGCUGCGAACAAAAUUAGCUGUAAAUCGUACACACACGCAUUUACAUAAGAAAUGUGGUAUUCAUGAAAAUCCAUUUGUUCCUCCUUCAGCUGCUCCCGUUAGCGGAUCGUUGGUCCACAUAUUUGAUUUGGCAGUUUUUAUGCCAGCUGCCCUUCCCCUGCCUAACCACUAGUCCUCCAGGGACCCAUUCAUGAAAAUCCAUUUAGUUUGGAAAAAUGUUCGUAAACUGUGAGAGCUUCUGAGUUUGUGUAAAUGUAUGUUACUAAUGUAAGACUUAAAUGAUCGGCUUCAACUCGUAUAAUUGGCGUUGCGGUAGCGCAAUUUUAUAUCCGGGAUUACACAGUCAAGUUUAAAUUGCGUAUUUAUUUCAAUUGAACACACCAAUUUAUUUAACAUUGUGUGUAACUCACUUGCUUGAAAUUAAUGACAUGAAGGAAUUCAAUCCAAAACAAAUCCAAAAUUUUGUUCACAUUCUUGCCUGCUUAUCUAUGUACAUCUGGAGGAUUAAGUGACAUCCACUAGAUGCCACGUCGGAUCCAAAAAUCUAUAUCUCACUAAUGGUUUAGGAUAGUGCAUAAGUUUGUGAUUUGAGAAACUACUUAAGUUGAUUAUUCAGUUGUGGAUACAGUGUCACAUGGUGCUAUACUGCCUCCACUGUUUACCCUGGUAUUGCACCAUGUGGCAGCGUCACGCUAAUUUCUGAGGAUGUGCAGAAGUUGACACUCCAAACGGCCGCAGCAUACACGUGGCAGUCACCUUGAACACACAUAGUUAAAAGCAAAUAGAAUUGAGCCUUUAGUACACGCCGCCUUUAGGAGGCACUCUUUCAGUGUUUAGUCAUCAUUUUGUCAUUUUCGGCUUUCUGUGUGCCUUUUAUGGAAUUUUAUGUGUGUUACUUUAUGUAAAUCAAGUAUGCUGUGAACACACUUGGUAAUGGCCUACGAAAACAGUUACACACAAGAUUGAUAGAUGAGGCCCAUUGUUAGCAUGAUGAGCAUUGCAAAUAUCAGAAUUCGCUAUCUCAAGCACUGAAAAGUAAAGAUCGUAACUGGGAGAGAGAGAGUGUUCAUUGUGAUGCUCGCGCUACCGUUUAAUGAUGAACUUUAUGCUUCAUUCAUUAGGAAACUCAGCCCUAAUCAUGGACCCACAGUUUAAUCAGAUGCCAGGAUUUGUUUGGCCAUUUUAAAUAUGUUUUUAAAGUGGGUUUUGAAUGAACAAAGGAAUCAAACGUGCAAAGGUUAAAGUGUAAAACUGGAAAAAACUUUUAACUACCAAAAAAAUCCAUGGACUAGUGCAUCUUUGAGAUGUUUGUGUAUAUAGACAUUAUAUGAACCUUCUAGCUACUACUUUUGGAAUGCAAAAAUGACUCUUGAGAGCAGACAGAAUUGGUGUAGGAGUUCAUUCACACCUAGCUUAUUUGGUAUGAAACAAUUUUUCUUUUUUUCGGAACGCUCCAUCAGUCAUCUCGUGCACCAAACAACUGAACCCUGGUUUGUCAAAAAUAAGCGGUCUCACUCCUUGUCCACCUGAAUGAUGGUCCUCACCAUAUUAACCAUAAUAACAUUGUUACAUUUUCAGUAUUGGUAUUUUCAGAUCUAUAAACUUUUGAACACUAUGUAGCCAGUACAGGGUUACGUGUUCGCAACAGUACAAUCAGACAAAAUGAUGGACAUCAUCUGCUCUGCAGUCUGUGUGAUAUUUCAGCAUGCAUUAAUGUUUGUGUGAAAUUGAUAUUAACCUUAACCUACCUCUGUUAUUUCUAACACCUGUGUGCUUGCAUGGCCUGCAGAGAAACAAAUAUGGAAGUGUCUAUCAAAGCACACUUUUUCUGUAACACCAAAAAAAAAAAAAAGAAGAAAAAGAUACAAGAAGAACGAACUCCAUUGCGGACUUGCAGAUGGGUGACAAAUCGGACUGACACUAAAUUUCAUCCUUUGCACAAAUUCUUGCAUAAUAAUAUUAUUUGCACAAACACUACCCCAUGUUCUUCAUACUGUCUUCAAAAUGAACACACCUGGCAACUGGUGAUCUUGUAGGUUUGACCUGGAGUACAGGUUUAUUCGGUCCUGAAUAAGCUUUUUAGUCUAGUGUGAUUUAUCUGUAAAGACUGUAAAGUCAUCUCUUCCUUGGUGUCUGCUUUCCUGAAUGGGUUCAAGGCCUCACUGUAAACAUACAUACUGUAUUUCCCACUAGCUUCUCAUUAUCCUGCUUUUAAGAUUAGAAAUGUUAUGUUUUAGAGGAAUCAGUGUGACUCUUUUGGUAAACCUGACCCUUUUAACUCAGUCUUAAGAAGCAUAUUGAUGCUAGAACAUUCUUUUCAGAUAUGGCAGUCUCAAAGUUAAGAUGGAGAGGGAAUUUAGAGGCAUGAGGCAGGAAGGUUAUUUGCAUGUGGAAAAGACUUUGAGCAAGUGUAGCGCUUUUAAAGUGAAAGAUCCUCAAAGGAGGAAAGCGGUUUUAUUUUCUGUGUAUUCUCUGAAUGUAACGAACAACUUUAUGUGGUGUUUGGCAUGCUAGAACCAUGUAAGUUUGAAAAAUGGUUGGAAAGACCAUCACCUGUGUGAAGAACGAAUUAUGUUGGGUGGAAUAAAUAACUUCUUGAUGGAUUUAACUAACAGACUUAUGGUUCAUCAAGCGUUCUUUGGAUGGUUCAUGUCUAGAUUUCUCAAGGGGCUGUAAUUGGAGCCAUUUCUGUAGUAGGGACCCUGUGUUGUAAGAUUCAACCCUCCACUGUAAGGGUUUUACAAACAUACUUAAGAAAAUACUCUUAGAAAAAAAGGGUUUGUGGCCAGGUUCGAGCUGACAGGAAGGCUAUGGUAAAUCAAGUAACCUUUUUUAACACCCAUGGUGAGCAGAAAAGCAUUUCUGAGCACACAACGCAUCAAAUCUUGAGCCGGAUGGGCUGCAUCAGCAGAAGAGUACAUCGAAUUCCACUGUAGCCUCACAUCGAAGGUUUCAGGCUACAGUGAGGCACAGGCUCACCAAAACUGGACAGUUGAAGAGCAGAAAAAGACCAGGUGAUGUUUUUUUGAUCUUCAACUGUCAAGUUUCGGUGAGCCUGCCCCCACUGUAGCCUCAUAUUCCUGUUCUAGGCAGGAUUGGAACUUGAUGUGGUCUUCUACUGUUGUAGCCCAUCCACCUCAAGGUUUGAUGUGUUGUGCCUUCUGAGAUGCUUUUGUGCUCACCACGGUUGUAAAGAGUGGUUAUUUGAGUUAAAGUAGUCUUCCUGUCAGCUCGAACCAGUCAGACCAUUCUCCUCUGAUCUCUCUUAUCAGCAAGGUGUUUCCACCCACAGAACUGCUGCUCACUGGAUGUUUUUGCUUUUCGCACCAUUCUGUGUAAACUCUAGAGACUGUUGUGUGUGAAAAUCCCCGGAGAUCAGCAAUUUCUGAAAUACUCAAACCAGACCAUCUGACACCAACAACCAUGCCAUGGUCAAAUUGACCGAGAUCACAGUGUUUUCUCAUUCUGAUGUUUGAUGUCAACAUUAACUGAAGCGCUUGACCUGUAUCCGCAUGAUUUUAUGCAUUGUGCUGAUCAGAUAAUUGCAUGAAUGAGCGGCAGUACAGGUGUUUUUAAUUAAAUUGGCUGGUGAAUGUACAUUUGAGUAUAUUUUAAUUAAUGGUCCUUUUCUUGUGUAACCUCUAAUUAUAUUAUAUUACAUCAUUACCUUUUGACCUUGACACCUGACAUUUGACAGCUGAUACCUGACACCGGGUUGCCUUGCGUAAGAUACAAAUAUAGAUCCAAAUGAUACCUGAUAUUUGACACAUGAUACCUGAAACCUGAUGACUGAUAGCUCAUAAUGAAUCAGGACACGACACCUGAUGCCUGAAUAGAGAUAACCGAGGCUUAGUAAAUAAGACAUCAAGUAAAUAAGACAUUUAGUUUUUUUUGGCAAGAGAAAUUUAGUGCUAAAUUUAGUGAGCAGCAUGAAAAGAUUAUUUAAAAUGCUGUUUGAAUUCCUGUUUUCCCAACUACAUUCUCCUAAGAAGUUAUACUUCUUUGGAAAUGAAUCAGUUCAUUUAUGGUCAUACAUAGAUUUAGUCCAUCAUCCAAAAAUGUACAACCAAGAACAGUCCUAUGGUCAGGAACUGACAAAAGCUACAGAACAAUUUACACAAUUAAAAACAAAAUGGUAACUGGACGGAGUAGAAAAGUGUCUCACAAGCGUUGCUUGGGGUUAGGUGAGGAAUAAGACACGUGGAGGUGUGCUGUUGUAGAAAAAUAAUCACUGACAGGAUGGUGUGAUUAAGAAGAGGUCAUUUUCCUAUAACAGCACAUCCUGAAGAGUUUUGUUUCUGUUAUACUCAGCAAUUUUCCAUUGAUGAAAAACUUUGAUUUCUUAAAGAAAGACACGUCCCACUUGUUAUCUGUUUAUAGUUACUAUUAAUGAUGUGGAAUGUCCAUGAAGCAGGUUCCUGUUAUCGUUUACUGUACAACAGCUACAGUCAGUCAUUUCCUUACUAGUUAAAAGUUUGAGUUUUAGCUUAAAAGUUAAAAGUCAAAUAUUCCUGUCAAAGUCAAAUGGCUUUCAAAGCAUCUGAUUUACAUUAAAAUACAGUAGAGCCAUUUCACAAUUAUGGAUUAUAAAUAUAUACAUUCUUUACUGUAUACCUCUGUAUAUCAUGUACAUAAAAUGUGCUUAAAAGAUUUGCAUAAUUACAUAAAUAUCUGUAAAUUACUGAUUUAUUUACAUUAAAUCCAGUUAAAGGU